ACGGAGAGGAGAGGAAUCGAGAGGCGGCCGCUCAGAAGCCUCCCUUCUACUUCUUACCCUUUCUUGAGAGGAGAGGAACAGAGAGGUGGCCCUUCCGAAGCCUCACUUCUCUUUCCUUUUCUCUCCAUCUCUGUUUCUCGUCUCCUCCUUUUUCCGCUCCCGUCCGAAUUAUAGACCAUAACAGUAGAACCGAGGAAAAGAGACGACAAUCCUAUAUUUUCUGCUCCAAAGCUGGGAUUUUUCCGCUGAAAUCGAGGAUUCUGCCCCAAAGUUGUGAUCAUUUCGCUAAAAUCAACAGAUUCUGAUCUAAGGUUGCGACAUUUCUGCUAGAAUCGGCUGAUUCUGCUCCGAAAUCGUGAUCUUUGUCCCCUCCAAAAGCGCUGCCCCAGAGUCGUCCCGCUAAUAAAAUUGACUGAUGCUGAGCAAAAACAAACGAAUUAGAAAGACCCACUCGGGAAAUCCCCCGAAAAGCGCGGCCAUGGCCGAUUCUUCGGAGCGGAAGUGCUCUCUGAAGCUCUCCCUCUUCGUGGGCCGGGCCGAGUCCUUCGCGUCGGAGCCCACCACCGCCCGGUCGCCGAGGUGCUUCGAUGACGGGGCCGUCGGCCUGGGUAUCGUGGCGGCGAUGAGCAAGGCCGUCGGCGACGCGAGGGCCCCGGCCCUGUCCAGGACCGAACCGAUCCCGAUCCUCCCGGCGAGGCCCCCGACCCCGGCCAAGCAGAGGGAACCCACCGCGAGGGACGAGGAGCUCUCAGAGAGCUACACGUGCGUGACCUCGCACGUGCGUGGCAACCCCGUGACGGAGAGGGUCUACUUCGGCGAUGGCUUCCGUGGCGUGGACGGUAACUACAGGCGGAGUUCGGAGGUGUUUUUCGAGUCGCCUCUCCGGCCGCCCCCCCCCACCGGCGACCGAGUACUUGAGCCGCUGCUUUCUGUGCCAGAAGGAGCUUCAUGGGCUCGAUGUUUUCAUGUACAGAGGAGAGAAAGCCUUCUGCAGUGUGGAAUGUCGAUGCCAGCAAAUUCUAAGCGAUGAGCACAGGGAAAAAUGUGGGUCUGAAGAGUCACCUUGUUCAACUCCUCUUCUUUUUGCACCUGGUGCUGCAGCGGCUUAACUAUAUCACGAUAGAUUAAAGAGGAAGCAGAGAGAGAGAAGUGAUAAGAAAAGUUUCCAACAUUAUAUUCGGUAUCGCCAGCUAGGUCAUAUUAGAUAUCUGCUGGUGCCUUGCACAUGAGAGUUGGGUUUGAGUCGAAUGCACGGCGGUGUGGAGUCAAGAGGUGGAGAUGCACUCCCAUGUUGGCAUUAUAAUAGUAGAGAUACAGAAACAGAGAUGAUAAGAGGGUCCUUUCUUUUGGUGAUAAGAGGGCCUUGCUAGCCUUUCAAAUAGCAGAGCAAACAUUGGAAGUUUUGGAGAUCAUAGAUGUUACAGUUUUUCAGUGCUAUUAUUUUUGUUACCAGUAUGCCUGCUACGAGGAGAAUGAUUGAGCCAAACAUUUGCAUAUACAUUGGAGACCUCAUGCAGCUCGCUUUAUCAAUGCAUGACUGUUGAUAAGAACUUUACCUGUUAUUCUUUAAGUAUGUAUUCAUCAGGCUCUUGGUUGUUAGUGUAAUUGUCCUUGUUGAAGUAUUCAGACCUUUUUGGGUUGAAAUGAACAUUGUUCUGCUAGGUCCAUCCAUCGCAGCCAGACAA